UGUAUAAGAGAAAGAAACGCAUGAAAAAAGCAACAUGCAAAAGUAUGGUAAUAAUUUUAAAGAAAAUGUUUCAACGUCAGUUAUGGAUAUUUAGAAAGAUUGGAGCAAAAUACAAGAAAAGAUAUUCGGUAUCAUUGGGAGUGAUGAUAAUUGCAUGGUUUUCUAUUUUUAUGUUAAUUAUGAUGGGAUAUUCGUUUAUAUAUCUUCAAAAAGAUCAUUCGACAUGCGUUGUGCCUGCUAUGUAUCCAUCGUAUAUAAGGUUAUCAGGGUUUGAUAAAAAAUACACAAAGUAUGGCAAAGAAUAUGGGCUGUAUCUAUAUAAAGAAAGAAAGGUAUUAAAUGUACAUAAUUUUCAAGGAAUUCCAGUUUUAUUUAUACCAGGAAAUGCAGGGAGCUAUAAACAAGUGCGCAGCCUUGCAUCAGAAGCAGCGUAUCAGUUUUCGCUCUUUAAAAUGGAUCCAUCAUUGGCUAAACAUAAUUUAAAAAAUCUUGACUUUUUUUCUGUUGAUUUUAAUAAUGACUAUACAGCAUUUCAUGGCCAAACACUUCUUGAUCAAGUAGAGUACACAAAUGAAGCAGUUAAGUAUAUUUUAUCUUUAUAUCAAAAUGCACAGAAAAAUAAUAAGUAUGGCUAUACACCUAAAUCAGUAAUUGUAAUUGGCCAUUCGAUGGGAGGAAUUGUGAUUCGAACUAUGGUAAUGAUGCCUAACUAUCUUUCUGGUUCUAUUAACACGAUUAUUACACUUUCAACUCCACAUUUGCUUCCACCUAUUCUUUCUGAUAGAAAAAUGAAAAGUAUAUACGAUUCUGUUAACAAAUUUUGGCUACAGUCCUAUUUUCAUAAGAACGAAUCUAAUCCAUUGCAUGCUGUUAGUUUGAUUUCUAUUACGGGAGGUAAUUUGGAUACAAUGGUAUCAUCUGAUUAUUGCGAUGUAUCUUCCUUGAUUCCUAAAUCGCAUGGAUUUACUGUAUUUUCUUCGUCUAUCCCUAUGGUCUGGACUGGGAUGGAUCAUCAAGCAAUUCUGUGGUGUGAUCAAUUACGCAGAGUUAUUGUGAAAUCUUUAUUUGAAAUUGUUGACUUCAAAUCAAUUAAUCAAACCAAGCCAUUAUCAUCUCGUAUUGAUAUUUUUAAAAAAUAUUAUCUUGCUCCUACUGAAAAUUCUUCUGAAAAACGGUUCUUACAAGCACCAUUAAUUAAUCCUUUUUCCGGAAAGAAUAUAAAAUAUACUGUUUUCCCAUUAAAAAGGAUUUAUAUAUUAAGAUCUUUUGGAAGUAUAUCAUCCAAAUCUCAUAUAUAUUUUCUACCAAUUUUUCCUACUGACAUUUUUAACUUUACCACUCUUUCAUUGCUUACUGAUCAAAAGACUAUAUCAGAAAAUGGUAAACAACAAAUAGCUAUAUUUUUAUGUAAAAAUCAUGUAUCAUUAACCAAAGAUUCAAAUUCUCGUCAAAAUCCAAUGGAAAUAGAUUUAAAGGCACUUGAAUGCAAAGAUUCUGAAGAAAAUAUCAUUCAUUUGCCCUCAAAAAAUGGGUUAUCUAAAGGUUAUGGCCAUUUUCUUACAUAUCUUGAAUAUUCAAAUCAUCAAUUCAAUGAUUACCAAUUCAUUUUAAUAAUAGAUAAAUCAAAUAAUAGUAGAAAUGGUUUCCUGAUAGCUGAGUUUUCUAAUAAAAAUGUAAUACAUGUUCAGCCUGAAAUUAGUACUACAAAAUUUCUAUGGAAUAGAUUUCACAUAGUCUUGGGUGCUAAUAAAUCAUUAGUUUCUGAAAUUAGUAUUCCUAAUAUUGAUAAUAGUCUUUUUACAUACAAACUAAAAAUGAAUUCAUUUACAUGCGAUAAUUUGAUUUUUUCACCAAUUAUUAGGCAAUAUAUAUCUAAUUCAUAUGAGUCUAAGUAUUUUGUAAAUACAACGAAAAUUGAUGUCAAUUUUCAUGGAACUGCUCUGUUUAUGCCACCUAUUAGUGAAAAUAGUACAAGGCGUGGACUGAACAUACAAUUCUGGUUAGAUCCUACUUGCAAUAAACCUCUUAAUAUUUCAGUAUCUCUUGAUCUUUAUGGUACUUUUGGAAAGCUCAUAAUGAAGUUCUGGACAGCUUUAAUAAUAUUUAUGUAUGUUAUAAUAUUUUUAUGUUUGAGAAAACAGUUUAGAAUCUAUAAUGAAUAUGGAAUUUUUAUUAACAUUAGAAAUGCUUUAAAGCUUUUUAUGCGAGACACUUUUUUAACUUUAUCUAUAUUGCCAUCCUUUUUGUUUUUUUGUUUAUCUAUAUUUCAGUUUUCUAGAGCAAUAAACAUGGAUGAUUUAUUGAAUCAACAAUUGAAAAAUAAGUUAUGGGCUAAAGAUGCAUGGAAGUUAUGGAGUAUUAAUAAUUUGUUCUUUGGAUAUAGAGAUUCUUUGUUUUGGCUUCUUGGACCUUUAUUUGUCACUAUUUCAUUAGGAUUUACAAUUAUAUUUACACAAUUAACACAUUUUCUUAUUUCUUUUACAGCAACACUGUACAAUUUAUUGCAAAAACAUUUCACUAAAGCCAGAUAUAGAAAAAAAAGACAUUUCUUUUAUUCUUUUAAUUUUUCUUUAAAACUUAAGCAAAGGUUAAUAGCAAUUUUAUCGUUAUUAUCCCUGGUGGCAGUAAUGGUUCCUUAUCAAUUUGCAUAUUUUUUAGCAUGCAUUAUACAGUUUUUUACAUGUAUCAAAACAUAUCUAAACAUUCAAAAAAUGGGCUUUGAAAAAGCAUUGCAUUACAAAAAUUUCAAAAACUAUGUAUAUUCUGUUUUAAUCUUAAUGUUAAUGCAUUUACCUUUUAAUAUUCCUGUUUUAGUCGUAUGGGUAAAAAAGAUAUCGGCCAAUUGGAGAAUACCAUUUUCAUCUCACCAUAAUAUUUUUUCUAUCUUACCUAUUAUUACUCUUGUUGAGUUUUUAGCUAAUGAAAAAAUGAUUAUGCGAGCAGAACCUAAAAUGGCAAAGGCACUUGAUAUCAUUCUUUUAACAUUUUCAUUUUUUUUGAUUGUUUAUGGACUUUAUUAUACGUAUUUUUUGCAUCAUUUGGUUAACAUUUUCUCAUUUUUCUUAUCGAUUCUUCAUUUUAUUCCAUUUUUACCUUUUUUUCAGAAGUUUAUUCAUUCUUUCAUGCAACAUAAAAAGGCGAUUAGCUAUUAAGGUUAUCAUCUUCUUUUUUUGUGUUAUCUAUUUUAAUUAACUAU